AUGAACCCAGAGGUCUUGGAAGAAAUAGAUGCCCAUGACAGAAUUAUCAAUAGUCCAAUUAUGAACCGAGUGGUCUUGGAGGAAAUAGAUGCCUAUAAUGGUACCACUAGUCCAACUAUCAUUCAAAACAAUCAUAGUUUCAUAAAAUCCAAAAAUAACAAAAACAUGAUAUAUUAUAACAAAUAUUUAUACGUUCAUGAUUUCGGCGACCUAUAUUACAAAUGCAGAAAGAAUAAUUGUAAGGGUAGGGAAAGAUGCGGCCUCCUAUAUCUAAACACAAAAUUCAAACCGACAAUAAUUGUAAACAUAUAUGCCCCUCCAAGAAGAAAUGAAAGGUUAAAUUUUAUUGACACAGUCACUACCUUGAUUGAUUCCCUGCCUUUGAGAUAUAACAUUAUAAUACUAGGAGACCUCAAUCUGAAGAUUGGCAAAAGCGUAGAAUAUAUUAAUACCAAUACUAUCGGUAACGCAACUAUACAACAAACCAACAAUGAAGAUAGUAAAAAAUUACUUGAUUAUUGUAAAAACAAAAACUUCAAAAUAGAAAAUACCUUCUUUCUCCAUCGAGAAAUAAACGCAUACACCAUCGUAAGAGCAAACCAAAAAUCUCAAAUCGAUUUCAUUAUAUCAAAUAUUCAUGGGUGGUUUGAUGAUGUGAUAGUGUCCACUAUUAUUAAAUUGUCAGAUCACAGAGCGUUAGUAGCAAAAAUGACAAUAAAAAAUAUAUGGGGAUAUCGCGAAGAGAUAGACCCAAAUAUGACAAGAAUAAACUUCUUAAAACCUCUCCCAAACCGUAAACAAAUAAAAGUAAAAUCACAAGAGGAUAUACAACAUUUUGAUCGAAUACUGGUCAGGAAGAGAGAAAAUUUCCUAAAUAUAACCUCAAAUGGGACUGUAGAUAUAUGUUGGAAUCUUUUCAAGAAGGAUAUAACUGAAUCCUAUAACAUGUUACCAAAUAUAAAUGUAUACUUAAGGAGAGAGUGGUUAUCAAAUGAAACUGUAGGAAAAAUCAGCCAGCUUAGAGAAGGCAAUAACUUGAACAGAGAACUAUGGAAAGAGAUACAGAAAUUGCUGAGAAGUGAUAGAAGGAAAUUUGUGGCAAAAAAAGCGUUUGAAAUAGAGAAAGAUAUGAAUGAAAACAGAAUAUAUGAAGUUUAUAAUAAACUAAAAUAUUUCUGCAAACCCUACAGUUUCAAGAAGCUACCUUCUUUAGUCUUAGCAAAUGAAAAUGUAAUUUCGGACCAGGAUGAACAAAUAGCAUUAUGGUUAGAUCACUAUAUGUCAGUCUUUGAUUCAAGAAAAGCCGUCUGCCAGAUAAACACAAAUGAGCAUGAAACUCCACCCCCAUCCGGUUUCUCCACUGAGGAAAUCGAAAAAGUAAUUAAAAAAUUACGUAAUAAUAAAGCCCCUGGGCUUGAUAAUAUAACAGCGGAACAUCUAAAAACAGCACCCAAAACUGUAUCCUCCUUCCUGUUAUCUCUAUAUAACAAAAUCUGGGAUAGUGGAAAAACCCCUGUAGAAUGGAAUAAGUCCUAUUUAUGCAAUUUUCCCAAAUAA